AUGGCCCUAUUUGGCGAUCCUUUCCGGCGAUUAUUAUGGAGCCCCACCAUCUACCGUGCAUCCCCAGGAUCAACGGCUCUCCUUGAUUGGAUUGAAUCCCCUCAAGCCCACGUCUUCAAAAUCAAUGUUCCAGGUUAUGGAAAGGAGGAUGUUAAAGUGCAGGUAGAAGAUGGUAAUAUUCUGGUGAUUAAAGCUGAAGGAGGAAAAGAGGAUUCCCUCGGAAAAGACAAAGACAUUGUUUGGCAUGUGGCCGAGAGAAAAACGGAGAGGGAAAACUUUUCGAGGGAAAUUGAAUUGCCUGAGAAUGUGAAGGUGGAUCAGAUCAAGGCACAAGUGGAAAAUGGUGUGCUUACUGUUGUUGUACCUAAAGAUACAACUCCCAAGGCUUCUAAAGUUCGGAACAUCAAUGUCACUAGCAAACUCUAA